AUGCUCAAGAAGUUCGACCUGGGAGGCAAUCCGCUGGGUGCUGCGGGGGUGGAGAUCCUGGCCCGCGUCUAUAUCAAGAGCGAUCUGGACUUUCUGGAGGUUGAUGCCGAGGACAUGAUUGGAGAAGCUGCGGACGAGAUUGAGGUUCUGGCAAAGAACAUAACCGCCCUCAAGGUUAAAUCGGAUGAGAAUGAGUCGCCCAAGCCGUCUGGCCAGAAGAAGUCGCCGAAUAAGGGGAAGAGUGCCAAACAGAGUGGUAAGUCCCGUCGCAAAGAUGAGGCUCAUUCUGCUGAUGCUCAACUCGUCGAAGGUGCCUCUAGCAGCAGCGCGACCUUGCCCACAGAGAAAGUCCAAGCCAAGCUCAAGCACUUCGCAUGCACCAGAGGCCUUCGGUCCAUUCCGUACCUCAUCGUCUCUGAUAUCCCCAUGACCUCGGGCAGUGCCGUCCACCUCGCCAGCAUGCUCGAGGUGCAGCGCACCCCGGAGCAACUUCUCGAAUUUCUCCCCAAGGGCAAGACGCUGACUCUCCCUGAAGAGGCGCAGGUUUGCAAGGGCAUCAUCUGGCAGCCUUGCUACAACCUUGCCGACUACGCAUGCAAUCUUCUGAGAAUUUCCGAGCGUAUCCACGAUCUGAAGGAUAUACCAGACCCAGAGGAGGCCGAUGACGAGGCCGACGAGGACUGUGACGAUACCCUGGGUCAAAGCAGCUCCGAUCAGCCCGUGACCCGGAAGAUGGGCACGCUCGAGAUGCGGAAGAUGCAGAGCAAGAAGUACGUUGAGUUCACGCGUCUCAACAAGAGACUUCGCAUGGAAGCCCUGAAGAACGAAGGCGUGAAGAGCUUCGAGAUUUGGAUCACCGCGUUGCGGAUGAUGCUCGUGUCACGGGCCCUGUUGCUGGAGGACAGAGAUCGCACAUCCGACACCCCGGUCGAGGAUGACGAAGAAAUCGACCAGCCCGUCGAGCUCGAAGAUCUUGAAGAGCCAGAGCCUAAGCCCGUUCAGGAAAUCAUCAGCGAUCCGUCCGAGGAUGAACGCGUCGAGCAGCUGCGCAACCUCCCCCAUCGGCCUCCCAUGCCCAUGACCUCUCAUGGCCCUUUCUACCCGGGAACCGAUGAGUUCUUCGCCAACUUCCCUGCGCUAAGCCCCGUUCCGACUAUUCACGUUGAGGAGGUCGUUGCGGAGGACGAAAACGACGAAAGCGAAGCCAGCAACGAAGUGGAGAGCCCAUCGACCAAAGACGCCCUCUCGUCCGCAGCCAGCCCUCCUCAUCGCUCUGGAAAAGCGAACACUCGCGUUCUCGCCACCCGCGAGCCGGAAAAGUCUGGAUGGCGGUACGGUCUGCCUCUGAGGCUGUGGCGCCGAAUCAUCGCAGACGCGGUCGGAGCGAACCAAGUGUUGGACGACGAGCAGCAGGAACAGAUCUUGCGUUAUGCAUCGAACUGGGAGGCCGUGAGGUACGAGAUGACCAUCACCGGGGCGGAAGAUCACCAGCAGAUCUGGAAGUUCCUGGAAACUGUCCACUGCUUCACUUACAGUCGUCAGUAA